AUGAAUAAUCCAAUUGAAAAGACAAUUGAUACUAUUCAUAAUGAUAAACUCGAAAUAGGCCGUAGAGAGACUGUCGGAAGUAGUGCUCUGAAGGUGAGACCUUCAUCCUCGCUGGCGAUGGAGAUCGAUCCUGAAACGUUUGUGUUGAAGGAUUCACUCCAAGAGCUGUGCGAAAAGAACUCCGAUAAUGGCAUCAUUCCUAGACCCAUUGACGUGAUUUUCCAGCACAUGUCUACUGUCGGUCGAAACAAUGCCUCCAAUAUACUAAUAGAUGCAGGAACGGCAUUUUUCUAUAUGAUGUUCUUUCCUGUAUUAAAAUUGAUUCAGCGGCUGAAUCCUCACAAAGCUCCUAAACCUGAAAAAUUCAGAACUCUUAUCAAGGAUUUUACUGGUAUUGUCAAAGCCGGAAGUCUGACCCUAGUGAUCGGGCGUCCCGGAUCCGGCUGUUCAACUCUUCUAAAAACAUUGGCUGGACAUACCAGUACAUUUGUAGCCAUUGAGGGAGAUAUUCAGUACAACGAAAUACCUGCAGAUAGACUGUGGUCAAGAGAUCAAAACAGAUUGGCUUAUAUUCCUGAAGAGGACAGCCACUUUCCCUUCUUAACUGUACAACAGACGUUGAAGUUUGCCAUUGCUUGCAAAAUGCCAAGAAUUAGGUUUGACCAAACAUCCCAGAAAACAUAUGUGAAUACUAUGACCGAUUUCUAUACUACACUACUUGGAUUGAACCAUGUUAAGGACACUUUGGUGGGAAACGAGUUUGUCGGUGGUAUUUCCGGAGGUGAACGCAAACGUGUGACGAUUGCAGAAACUAUGGCAACGGGUGCAUCUGAAUUUUGCUAUGAUAAUGCCAUCAGAGGCUUGGAUUCUGCUAUUGCGUUGGAAUUUGUGAGGUCACUAAGAACCUUUGUCUCCGUUUGUCAUACAACCAUUAUUCUGUCUGCCUAUCAGGCCUCAGAAAAUAUCUACAACAUCUUUGAUAAUGUACUAGUGCUCUAUUCUGGUCAUGAGAUUUACUUUGGACCUGUGGAAUCAGCGGUACAAUACUUCAUCAAUAUGGGAUAUGCUAAAUUUCCACGGCAAACAAGCUCAGAUUUCUUGACUUCCAUUACCAACCCCUCUGCUAGGGUCACCAACAAUAAAUCUCAUCACCAGGUUCCCCAGACUCCAGAAGAGUUUGAAUUUUAUUGGCUCAAUUCGGAAGAAUAUGGUGCGUUGAUCGAACAGAUUUCGGCUGCAAUCGAGAUAAAUAAAGUCAUCGAGUCUGAAAAGGAUAUGAAUCACAUCCACCAAUUAGAGAAGUCAAAAAUUGUAAGAAAAGGAUCUCCUUAUGUGACAAAUUUCUUCCAACAGUUAUAUCUCUGCAACAUCCGUUGCUUCCAGACCAUUAGGAACAAUACCGCUUUUAAUAUUGCCUUACUAGUGGCAGCCAUUGUUCAAUCCUUGAUUGCGGGCUCUUUAUUCUAUGCUCUUCCAAAUAACACCACGGGUAUAUUUCCAAGAGGUGGUACUCUUUUCGUUUCAUUGCUAUACUUUUGCGUGAUGUCGUUAGCAGAGGUGGCAGUGUUUUUCGAAAACAGACCAAUCCUUUUCAAACAGAGGGCUUAUCUACUAUACCAUCCCUCUGCGGAACUGCUUGCAAGAAUCACUUCAUCCUUUAUUAUCAGAUUUGUCACCAUUAUCUUUUUCUCAUUGAUCCUUUACUUCCUGACAGGUCUAAGAAGGCAGGCAGGAGCUUUUUUUUCCUUUCUUUUAUUUGUCAACCUUGGUGUUCUUGCUGUGAACUUGAUAUUCAAUGUCAUAUCAGUGGCCUCGGCAGAUCUUGCUGUGGCAAACGCUUGUUCUGGAUUGCUAAUGCUUUCCAUGCUUGUGUACAGCUCUUAUAUGGUGCAAAGACCCUCCAUGUACUGGUGGUUUAAGUGGUUUUCGUAUUGCAAUCCGAUUCUUUACUCUUUUGAGUCCAUGAUUACCAUGCAAUUUCAUAAUCAUAAUAUUCCGUGUGCCAACCAGAAUAUGGUUCCCACAGGUGGCCAGUAUAACUCCAUGCCACUCUCAAAUAGAGUGUGUGCAUUUCCCGGUGCUGCUGCAACAAGAGAUGUAUAUCCUGACAGUAAUUUUGUUCAAGGUGAUAUUUAUCUAGCGGUGAGUUUCGACUACUUUUUUAAACACUGCUGGAGAAACUUGGGCAUUUUGUUUCUAUUCGCAGUGGGAUUGCUUGCGAUAGGUAUAGCAAUAGUGGAAACCUACAAUCCUCUGUCUGACGUGGGCGGUCGGCUUUUAUUUCUUAAGGGGAAACUACCGACACAGACAAAGGAUGUUGAAGCGCAACGGAGUUCGUCCGAAAACAGAAAUGACGAGGGAAGGGAGUCGACUGGCGAUGAUCCGAAAGGGGAGAUUGAGAGAUUGGGAUCCAACGAUACAUUUUGUUGGAGUAAUUUGUGCUAUAGUGUCAAGCAGAAUAAAAUGUUAUUGAAUGAUGUCAGUGGUUAUGCCUUGCCGGCCAAAUUAACAGCAUUAAUGGGCGAGUCCGGAGCAGGAAAAACAACUCUAUUGAAUGUACUUGCCGAAAGGACAGGUAGUUCGGGCAUUGUCACAGGGAGAAUAACGGUCAACGGGGAAUUAGUUGGUUCAGAUUUUCAUCGUCGUACAGGAUACGUCCAGCAACAGGACGUUCAUCUUGGAGCAUUGACUGUUAGAGAAUCCCUAAUUUUUACAGCUCGAAUGAAGCGAUCCUACAAAAUCCCCGAUGUGGAAAAACUUGAGUAUGUAGAACACAUAAUUAGGAUUCUAGGAAUCCAGAAGUAUGCGGAUGCAAUAGUGGGUAAUUUGGAUUCCGGCCUAAACGUAGAGCAGAGAAAAAAGCUCUCCAUUGCUACAGAGUUAGUUUCCAAGCCAUCCUUAGUGCUAUUCCUUGACGAGCCGACUUCGGGACUCGACUCUCAAUCUGCAUGGGACAUAAUCCAAGUCUUGAAAACCUUGGCUCGGGCUGGACAAACAGUAAUUUGCAGUAUUCAUCAGCCCUCUGCCGUUCUUUUUGAGCAAUUUGACCAGAUUAUGCUUUUUCAAAAAGGCGGCAGAGUUGCAUAUUCUGGAAAUAUUGGUGACAACUCUAAGACAGUUCUCGAUUAUUUUGUUAAUAAUGGAGGCAGGAAGUGUGGGCUGUCUGAAAAUCCUGCCGAAUACAUUUUGGAUGUCAUUGGAGCUGGAAUAACUACUACAAACACCCUCAACUGGGGAGAUAUUUGGCUGCGAAGUGAAGAGUCCCAAGUUGUAAAGCAGCGAAUAAACGAACUGGAUCAUUUUGAUGAUAUCAGGGAAAGCCAGAAGAAAGACAGCACUGAAUUCCAAGUCCCUUAUUGGUUUCAGUUCUGGUAUGUAUUGCAACGAACAAGCAAGACUAUCUAUCGAGAUUUGCAUUACGUGCUGUCAAAGUUUGUUAUAUUUCUUACAGUGGGACUACUUAUCGGCUUCACAUUUUGGAACGUUAAUCACUCCAUAGUGGGAAUGCAAAAUGCAAUGUUUGCCAACUUCAUGAGUAUGGUGUUGAUGGCGCCUAUGGUAAAUCACAUCCAAAGCAAAGUGAUGAGGUCAAGAGAAAUAUACGAGGCUAGAGAGCGAAUGUCCGGUACCUUCCAUUGCAAUGUGGAACUCAGCUAUCUAAUGCCUCCGGAGGGUCAGAAGUGCGGUGAGUACUUAGAGGAAUACUUUCAGAGUCAUACUGGAUAUGUUGAAAACCCCAAUGCCACAGAAAAUUGCGGUGUAUGUCAAUAUGCGGUUGGUGAUCAAUAUCUUGCCUCCAUUGGGAUAUAUUACUCAGACAGAUGGCGGAAUAUAGGAUUCUUUGUCGUCUAUAUAGUUGCGAAUAUCGUCGCCAUGUUAACACUCUACUAUCUCUUCAGAGUACGCAAAAUAUUCACAUUUAAGCAGAAAUGA